UAUGCAUAUAAACUGAGGAAUCACUGAUGUUGUUCAUCAUUUCGUUGUGUCUCCCGCUGCAUCUAAGGAUGAUGUGGAAAUGUGCUUUUCCGUUCUUGGCAGCCCUGCUAACUGUUGGGUUAGCUCAGGUUCCAGGAGGUGUGACAGACAUCAGCGCCAACGAUGAGGGAGUACAAGCUGCGCUGAAAUUUGCUAUGGAGGAAUACAACAAGGGUACUAGUGACCAAUACCUCUUCAAGGUGGAGGAGGUGAUCAAGGCUCAGGUUCAGGUGGUUGAAGGUUUCAAAUACUUCCUGACUGUGAAAAUAUCCAAAACUCUGUGCAGAAAGAACACCAAUGUUUCCAGGUGCCCAGUCAUCACAAAGCCAUCGAUGGCUCAGAGCUACAAAUGCACCUUCGUUGUGUGGGAUCGCUCAUGGCUCAAUGAUACACAACUGCUGGAGCAAAAGUGCUACUAAAAAAAUCCAAAAAGAUCUGGAUUUAAAUUUUCCUUUGAAGUCAAGGCAAAAUAACAACAAAUGCAAUGCCAUCUGUACAAUACUUAUUUAAACUUCACUAUAAUCAAUGUAGAAAUUUGGAACAGCUUCAAAAGCAAAAAAUCAAAGUUUAUCCAAUAAAAAUACUGUUCGAAGUUCAGUGACUU